AUGGCCGACACAAUUCACAUCCCAAUCGCCCAGUACUUCCAAUUGGUUGACCCCCCAAAACUAGACCUCCCGCCAGACAAUGUUCUUAUCCGCCCCGAGGUUCAGGCCGCAUUAUACAAGCACAUGUUCGAUGAAUCUUUAACCACACUACCACCAGCGACAUAUCGGGCCCGCGUUUUGAAAUUGAUCAUUGCGCGCAUUGAAGGCGCGAUCACAGAUCCUGAGGAAGAUGAAAUCCUUGACGACCUAAUGGAAGCUUGGGGGAAUCUCCUCGCUCAACCAAAACCCAGUGCGCUGGAGAUCGCAAAAGAACUAUCCCAUGUCAAAUACACCGCUCCGCUCCAACAGUCCUCCCCUUCAGACCGGACAGUUAUAACCGUCGAAUCGCGCGGCUUGAUCCUUGCGGGCGGAACAACUGGGAACAGGACAUGGGAAGCUGCGCUGCAUCUAGGUUCAUUCCUCGCGUCCCCGGCCGGUCAAGAGAUCGUGCAGGGAAAAAGGGUUAUUGAGCUCGGCGCUGGGACGGGAUUCCUGUCGCUAUUAUGUGCGCGACAUCUUGGUGUCAAGGGCGUUGUUGCGACGGACCGGGAACCCUUUUUGAUUGACAAUAUGCGGGAAUGUGUGCAAUUGAAUUCUGAUGCUGUGGGUAAGGCGCUUCCUAUGUACCCUGCUAUUUGGGAUUGGGGGACGCCUUUAAUAGACACGGAGGAGAUGGGGGAGAUUGUUGAGGGGGGUCAGCCGAGGUUUGAUGUUGCUCUCGGUGCGGAUUUGACCUACGAUGUGGAUAUCAUCCCACUACUUUUAUCGACCGCAAAGGAUCUCUUUGAGAAUUACAAUGUCAAGCAAUUUAUUAUUGCGGCGACUUUGCGGAAUGAGACUACGUUCCAGGCUUUCUUGACUGAGUGUAACUCAUUUGGUUUCAAUGCUGAAUGCCUGCCAUUCGUUUCUACACCGGCCGAUCGACAGACUGGCUUCUUCCACGCUACUGACAUCCCGAUUCGAACAUACAUUAUUUCACCGGUAUAG